CAUCAAGUGCAAUCCAUACAGAGGACUCCCACGUCCUGCAGCCUAGCUCGUCUGCGCAAAGAAUAUGAGGAGAAGCGGAGUGUAGUGCCCUGAUUAGAGGAACUUUGGGAUGAAGUGCUUACAUUUUCUCUGAACAAGGAUACGAUUUGAAUAAACAAACAACACAUUGCGAAUCUGUCAUAUUCAUCAAUCGAAUGCUAGCAGACCUCAGAGUGUCUGCGCAAUGGGCCCCGUACCCUUAAGUCUCCUGCUCUCUGUGACACUUCUCGUUGCUGUACUCCUGACUGUGGCGGCAGAUGAGGCUACGGGUAAGGAUGACUACACCUGGCCACAGGGGAAAGUGCCACUGGUGUGGGACAAGCGGACUGUUCACCUCGGCAUCUCCAGCUUCACGGCCGAGCCACAACGCGAGCUUCACGGAACCUGUGGUAUCGAAUGCCAACGCGACUUACCCAAACCCAGUGUGCACGACAUGGAGAAGCUUUUGUCCUACGAGACCAUGUACGAAAAUGGAACGCGCACGCUCACCACAGUCUCGGUGAUGGGCAUGAACGAGGUUACCGACUGGCCUGGGAACUCCUCCUCUUCCACCUUGCGCUCUCGGCGCAAGCGGGAAGUCUACGGCAUCGACACCCGCUUCACCAUCGCAGACAAACAGUUCUCCACCAAGUACCCUUUCUCUACCUCAGUGAAAAUUUCCACUGGCUGCUCAGGAGUCCUGGUGUCUCCUAAGCACGUGCUUACGGCCGCCCACUGCAUCCACGACGGAAAGGACUACGUUAACGGCGUGCAGAAGCUACGCGUUGGAGUCCUGAAGGAAAAGUCCAGGCGUAGGAAAGGUGGUAAAGGGAGGGGAGGACGUGGUAAAGGCAGAAGAAAGAAGGGACAGAGCGAAAAGGACGAGAAAGAAGAGGCCGAAGAGGAGAAAGAGGAAACCGGAGAGAAACAGGAACGACAGAGGAAAGGGAAAGGGAGGAGGAGCCGGAGUAGGCGAAGCGCGGAAUCCGAAAAGCCGUCUUUCCGCUGGACUCGAGUGAAGCAGACGCAAGUACCCAAGGGCUGGUUUAAAGGGGUCUCGGAAGGCAUGGCUGCGGAUUACGAUUAUGCUAUUCUAGAGCUGAAGAGGGCACAGAAGACCAAGUACAUGGACCUGGGCAUCAUUCCCUCGGUCAAAAAGCUACCCGCGGGACGAAUCCACUUCUCUGGCUUUGACGACGACCGGCCAGGUCACCUGGUGUACCGUUUCUGCUCCGUCUCGGAGGAGUCCAACGACCUGCUGUACCAAUACUGCGACGCCAAACCUGGUUCUAGCGGUUCGGGCGUAUACAUCCGCCUCAAAGAACCGGGAAAGAAGAAAUGGAAGAGGAAGAUCAUCGGAGUGUUUUCGGGUCACCAGUGGGUGGACGUGAGCGGGGCUCAGCAGGACUACAACGUGGCAGUUCGGAUCACACCGCUGAAGUACGCACAGAUCUGCCACUGGAUCCACGGAGAUUCCAGCGAAUGCCAAAACACCUAAGGAAUUUACUCCAUCUGACUGUCCCAUCUCUGUGCUCCUUUCUAAAUUACCUCCUGUGCCUCCCAUUAGGGCCUCUAAAAGUUGCCUUGCUGUUUCUAUCACUCACAAGACUUCUUCUUUUUUUUUUUUUUUUUUUGCAUAUUAUAACUUGACAGACAUUCAAGAGAGUGAUGGUUCUUCAGAUUUUUCUAAUUUAUUUUACUAAGAGAGAAAAAAAAAACUUUUCAUAAGUGAAAAGAUUUUUAUAAAAGUACACUCGUAGAUGCUGUUUCUAGAAAUGUUAGAGUUUCAUAAAGUUAGGUAGAUGUUUCUAGAAAAGGGGAUGACCAAGAGAAAUUCUAUAUCACUUCGGCAACAAUUCUCUUUGGAUACCUGUUUUUUUGGGGUUUUUUUUUUUUAAACAGAUCUGUAUUUUCAGAACUUUCAGGCGAAGAGGUGCCGCGCUCAUGUCACGUUUAAUCAGUUUAACCAGCUUUGUAAUGGGAGGCAUGCAUUGUGUCACUCCUGAUUCUUCCCGAUGUCUUGAAGUAGGAGUAAAAUAGCUAUUGUUGGCUAGAAAAAAAAAAGGAAAAAAAUACACGACCCAGAAAAAGGACACUUUUUCUGAGAUUUAAAAAAAAAAAACGUUUUGUGUAUAAUUGUGCAGUUUGUAUGAAUCCACUUCAAUUUUAAUUAGUCGAUUGAAGUUGUUUUUAUAUCACAUUUUUGAAAUGUCCGUGUUGAUAUUGAAUUCAGUAGUGAAUUAUUAGAAUAUCACAUCUGGAUAAAUAUUUUGUUGGCGGAACAAAUACAUGUGGUUUUGCUGUAAUGCACAUAAAAUGUUGGUGCUUUUUUUUUUGACACUUGGUGCUAAUUUAAUAUAAACUGUAAAACUUUGGAGGAUCUAUCAGUGUAUAUGUGAGUAGCCCACUGUAGUAGUGCAACUUUGUAUUUAAUACACGGCUAAAUUGAACAAAACAGUGUUUUUCUAUUAAAAAGAAAAAUAUUUAAAUCCAGUAAAAGAAAAAGGGCUGAGGUUGAGUCUCAAUUUUUUUUUAAAAAAAUUUCGGUAUGAUUAUGUAGAUUUUUUAGUGAAUGUAAAAUCAAAGGUGUUUAUGUCAAUGCAUAUUAAUUUUUUUCUUUUUUAAAAAUACUUUAAAAUCUUGUUCACUUUGUACAACAUCUUUAAGAAGGUUGUUGAUGGCCAAAUAAAAAUGAAAUUGAUAU